AUGAAUUCCGAUUUAGACACAAUCAUUACGCUUUGCCAGGGUUGCAAAAAUGAAAUUGCACUACUAUCACAAACCCGCCGCCGCGUGUUGUACACGGACGACAAAACAAAACCCAUUGAUGAACGGAUCAAAAUUGCCGAAAAUGCUUUUGACCAGCUUGAUGAGAAUUUCCAGAGACGAGAAAAGAUUUAUGAAAAAUGCAUAUUAGUACUUGACAAAUUAAAGUCGAUAACUUCCGAUUUUGAAAAUGAUUUGGAAAAAUUCAACUCUGAAAGAGAAGACACAUAUAUCACUCUUGCCGACACUCUUGUUGAUUUGAAGACCUCUCAAGCUGACGCCAGAAAAGCGCCUUAUUUAGCCAAAGCAAAAGAGAUUGAAGAAGCCAAAGAUAAAGACAUCAAAGAGUAUAUAAAAAUACGAGAGAAGUAUAAAGAUGACUUAAAACUGAAAAGUAAUGGUAUUUCUCAUGAAGAAAAAGAGGCGCUUGAAAAGUUUUCUAAUAGUAAAAUAAAAUCACUUGUUUUUGACUCAGAGAAAGACGACUGGGCACAGGGGUCUUCCGAAUUUGAUGACAAAGUGAUGGGGAAGAAAAACCUCCUCUUUUUAGUGGAAGACAACAAUAACAAUAAAUUUGGUGGGGUGUUCACUGAAAAAGUUGAUAGAACGAACGAAUAUAUUGAAGAUACUGACGCAUUCAUUUUUUCAUUGAUAAGAAAGGGAAAAUUCAAUCCAAAGAAGUUCGAGUUAAAAUCUGAUGAAAGCAAAGAUGCAUUCACUUUGUGUGGAAGUCGUGGAGAUUACUUGUUUGCGUUUGGAGGACAAAAGUGUGACAUAGCUGUUUAUAAAAAAGGCAAAGAUGGAAGUCGAUGUUUUCCAAACUCUUAUACUGAAAGCAAAAACGCGUUUGUUGAUAAUAAUAAAUUUACACCAAAAAGUGUUAAAGUGUUUCAACUCGAAAAUAGUGAAGAUGACUCUGAAUUGGUGGCACGUUAUAUUUUACACAAGUUACUUAGUUGA